UCGACCAUGACGAAGAGUAGCUGCAGCGCAGAAGGUGGACUAUUACCUGAUGAAAAUCCAAACACCAACGAGUAUCAAAUAGCAUUGAUGAAAAUUAAGUCCUUCGUCUUGGAAGGAAGACCAAAGAUGCAUCCAUAAGAAGGUCUUGCAGGCAUGAAAAUUUUAAUAAAGCAAAAACUGGGAAUACUUUUAGCACAGGCA